AUGGUUCUCGACUUCAACAAUACUUGGAGCUUGCGCUCGCUAGUCUCAAUAAUGACAGAAGCAGCUGAAAAGAUCAAGCUGUUGAGGAGUUCGCCCGACCUCUCCGCUGCGACGUACCAGAUUCACGAUGAAUCUCACACAAUUGGGAACUCGCUACGAUGGAUGCUCAUGAAAAACCCCAAAGUGGAAUUCUGUGGCUACAGCGUACCCCAUCCGUCAGAAAAUGUUAUCAACGUCCGCAUCCAGAUGUACGAUAACCUGUCAUCCCUCGAUGCUCUGAUUACGGCUCUCUCCGACCUCGACAAGCUCUGUGAAACGGUUGAGGAUGCGUACAUCAAGGAUCUUAGAGAAAACAAGUAUGAGAAAUGGGAAGAGAAGAGAUGA